CUUUUAUUUUGAAGGGUUCCUUGCUACAACCGGAAAAAGAGUUCUUAAAGGCUCAUUCUUGGAUGAGGAUUUCGAUCAGAUGACCGACAUGCUGCCAUUAGUAGUGGUCCAUGGAGGGGCGGGUCAUGUCCCAAAGGAGCGCUCAGAAAACUCCGCAAUGGGGGUGUGUUCAGCAACGCAAGCAGCAUACCGCAUUCUCCAGGAUGGAGGCAGCAGCAUGGAUGCUGUGGUUGAAGCAGUGACCCGGCUGGAGAAUAACCCGUUUUUUAACGCAGGGUGUGGCUCAGUUCUGAACGUCAAAGGAGACGUGGAGAUGGAUGCCAUCGUGAUGGACGGGAGAACUCUGGCCAGCGGCGCCGUGUCUGCAGUACGCAACAUUGCUAACCCGGUUCAACUGGCAAGACUGGUCAUGGACAAGACCAGCCAUGCAUGUCUGACAGCAGAAGGAGCCAGUCAAUUUGCUCGCUCCAUGGGAGUCGUUGAGGUUCCUCAGGAGUCCCUCAUUACUGAGUACGCUCGCAUGCGCUGGAGAAACAACCUGGAGCCUAGUGCCAACCCUGUGGAAUGCCAAAUGGGGAAGAUGGGGACGGUCGGAGCGGUGGCAGUCGAUGCGGAGGGUAACGUAGCGUGUGCGACCUCCACCGGAGGAAUGCUGAACAAGAUGGAGGGUCGUGUGGGAGACACCCCCUGCAUAGGCAGCGGAGGUUACGCUGAUAAUUUGUCAGGAGCCGUGUCCACGACAGGCUACGGAGAAGACAUCAUGAAGGUCACGCUGGCUCGACUCGUUCUGUUCCACAUGGAGCAAGGCCAGUCUGCGGAGGCUGCCAGCGACGUGAGCCUAGCCUACAUGAAGUCCAGAGUGGGGGGCCUGGGAGGGGUGGUGACGGUGGACCCUCGGGGGAACUGGGCCGCUUGCUUCUCCAGCAGGCAGAUGUCAUGGGCGGCGGCCCAAGGAGGCACGCUGCACCACGGUCUGUACGCCGGAGAACACUUCACCCAGAACAUCCAGGAGCAUCUUCUAUCUUAGCAGUUGAAGAUGCUAAGAUUGAGCUCAAAUAUAGAUAAUUAAAGUUCAGAAGUGAAAUUAGUUUUUAAUGUGAACAUUAGGGUAAUGUAUUAACAUAAAAUGACUACAUUAGUCUGAUCCAAUUACAUCAAAAGCUAAUGAAACAGACCUUCAGAUUAGUCUGUGCAACAAUAAUCAUAAGUAUAUGAAUCUUUUCUUACUGACUUUUACAGCUCAGUAAGUUUCCUCAUCAGGAUUACCAGCUGAUCUCAGUGAGUUUUCAACGUGUUGGUGAAAACAGUGUUGUUUUUUAACAGUUGGUUUAAGCCAUUUAUUUUAGAAACACAAUCAAUGACCACUUGAUCACACGUUUACAUGAUUUUUUUUUCUUUUACUAAAUACUUGCUGUUUACUUUUAAUGACUGCUGCAUCGUUAUCAACUUAGAAACAAAGCUAUUAAGUGAUCAACUGAGUUUGUGAUUGUUUUAAAUUUAAAAUAACUACGUUCACACAGCAGGCAGAUACGACUCAUAUCGUAUUUUUUUCCUGACAGUCUGAAUAUGAGAAAUCAGGUUUUUUUUUUCUUAUUCGACCCAGGCCAUUUCUGUAUGUGGUGCUAAAUCAGAUACAUGAGAUCAAAGCGACUGCAGCCUGAACGCUCAUGUUGUAUUUCAUCUGACUUUUACAUCAGUGAGGUGUAGGUGAGCAGAUCAGUCAAGUAAAGAUAAUGAUAACCUCGAAUCAUACAGGUUAAAUCGUGUAGCUCCACACGUCGUCAGCUACAGAACAGAAGUCCAGUAGCUUUGUCUUUUUUUCUUUUAAUUUUCCAUGUCCUGGAUGACUGAGAAUCCACAGAAAUAUAAGAUGACAACAUUGGUCUCAGACUGUAUUCAAUUCAAUUCAAUUCAAAAAUACUUUAUUGAUCCCAGAGGGAAAUUAGGUAAUUGAUACUAAAGUUACUGGAUCUAUGCUUUUCAUCCAGCACGUCGCUUUGUUCCAAAAUUAAAAUGCUGUCCCGGAACAGCCAGCCAGUGGCAGGUUAAAAUAUUACUAAUAUUAAUACUGAUUAUUAAUCUGCUCUGGCUGCACAACAACUUCAUAAUCAACAUGCUAACUUUAUUUAACCAUUGUGAAGAAAUUUAUAGUUAUUACAGAUUAGUACUGAUGUUAAAAGCACAACACUAUAUGUUUAGGUUUUCCUUUU